CAUCAUCGUUUUAUUUUAUCUGAUAAUAUUUUGACAUUUCUAAAAUGUUACUUCUAUCUUAAUAAGCGAAAAAUUGACGGCAGAAAAGCAUUGAGGAAAGUAACAAGAUCAAAGUCCAACUAUAGAAAUUCUACUCUGAAGCUUCCAGUGAAAGAUGUUGGGAGCUUACUGGCGGAAGGUAUCCGCAAAGACGAUUUCAUUGACCACAUUCAUUGACGAAACUAAAAAGGCUGUCAGAGAAUUUUAUCAAAGAAGAACCUCAUUCGCCUCAAUAGAGCAAGAUUUGCGCAAUGCGUAUUUUAUUUAGAAUCUUGACAUUUUUGUCGCAUGAGAAAUCGCGAAUGACACACGCGUUAAGCGAGUCUCUGAGAAUUCCACAGAGAUUACUGGCGUUACAAACUGUUCCAAAUCGCAUGAUUUCAUAUCGGAACUUUAUAAGAGGAAAUAAUUCUACAGCUGAUGAUUUGUUACUUCUGCAAUGUAAUAUUAACGAAGGCAUAGUUGCGCGAUUUAAACGAAGGAAGAGUACGCAGUCCAGCGAAAAGGAUGACUCGAAACAACACCACGAAUGUAUCGAGAAUCAUCGACAGUCUGCGGAAUCCUGUGAAAAACCGCGCGAAUGGCGUAGCGAUGGUUAUCAGAUAUCGACAGAAAAUUAUCAAAAGAUUCGCAGUGACUUAUUGAAUCACGACGAAUGUUACCAGUCGAUUAAAUCCAAUUCCUCGAAUUAUUCGGACAAAUCUAUACCAUACAACAAUCAGCAAGCGUGCGAGUUACCGAAACACGAGUCUUAUACAUCGAAACCAGCGACUCGAAUAACGUCUGAGAAAUGGAUUUGCGGAAAACCAGCAACGGAAAGAAAGAUUUAUUAUAAAUGCAAGCCGAAGUCGUGCAUUUAUCCGGACAACCGGAAAGAACCGAUACAUUUUCCAUCGUCACGAGACAAUUGGAAAGACGAGUCAAAGCAAACUGCAUCUUAUCCUACGCUAUAUUCUGAAUCAGAGACUUUGUCUUUCAAAAAAAUUACAUCGGAUGAGAAGAAAGCUUCUCUUGUUAAACAUAAAAUACCAAAGGAAUAUCCUACAUCGGAUCCAUACGAGUAUUACAGAAAACCUGAUCCUCCACCGCCAAGAUAUCCACAUUGGAGUGAAAAUCCACCGUCUUACUGCGACGAUUGCUUGAAAAAGACGACCCGUUCAUCCCCUGUUAAAGCCUCACCAAUGAUCUUCAUCCCUGACAAGGGACCGCGGAAAUCCCGUGCGAAAGACACUGUGUCACCUCCACAGAAUAUUCAUGAGACUUCCAGCGGGAGCCCGAAAGGAAAUGAGUGCGAUAGAACAGAUGCCAAGGCACUUCACUUGCAGAAGAGUGGAUCAAAAAAACGUAGCACGAUCUCUUUCGAAGACAAAUGCGCUGCUUCUUUGACAAUUCCUGCGCCUAACAGAAUAAUGGAAUCUAAAAUUCAGCACUUUCCAACGCUGACGAAAGAUGGACGUUGUUGCGUUGAAAAACCUGAAGAAAAAUUUGUCACGCCGGACGUCAGCGAUUGUAACCCCAACAUGGCAAGUUUCAAAUAUCGAUUGAGUAAAUGUCCUGAUGUUAAGGAAAUGUGGGGUAUCGGCAUUAAACGCGAGCCACCUGUUGACGUUAGAGUGCGACAAGAGCAAGGAACUCUUUUGUCCGACUAUAAGAAGAUAAAGAGAUCAGAAUCGCGGCGAGAAACUACAAGAAGAAAGAAGAGAUUCAAGUCGCGGGUACCGAGUAACGGAUGGACACAACAGAGGUACAAGGUUCGCUUGAAGAUUUUCCAGAAAAGAAAUAGUCUCGAUCCUUGUCUUCCGCGGAUCGCCGAACUGAUACAACCGCGCGGCGAAAAAAUGCGAUCGAAACUGUUAAAGUUUGCUGUGGACGAAGGCGAAUCUUUUUCGCAAUUGAAAAGCUCGUGCCCACGUAGUUAUCCAUCCAAGAUACCGAUUGCCGAGACGAAGAGUUAUCCGACGAAAAUGAACGAAAGCAGUUUGAUUCGUAAUCAAUAUCUGGGAAAACAAUCUUGCAAAAAGCGUCGCUGAACUUUUGGAAACUACUUUUCGAUGUAGAAUAUUUGAAAGUUGCGUUGGCAGAUUGAGUCAAUAUUUAUUUUAAGAAUUUUCAAAAUUUACAUUUAUUCUUUCAAUAUGUAUGUAAACAUAAAUUUUAACAGCGUUGUAAAUAAAAGGGAAUAUGUAAUAAGCGCGAAAGA